UCUAAAAGCAAUGGAAGACACAGAGUUGUCCUUGAGAAAAGCAGCUGCUGUUUAUGGAGUACCGAUUGCUACCCUUGCUAAAUGAAAAAGUAUUAGUCCUGAGAAGGCAAAAAUUAGAACUGGCCCGGUGACAGUGUUAUCUUUAAAAGAAGAGGAUGUUAUUGUUCAGUGGGUUUUGUACAGAGCAGUAAUAGGGUCACCUGUGACAAAAACUGAAUUAUUGAAGAUGUAUAACAAUCCGUUACUGUCUUAGACAGUAUCAUUUUAAUGGGAUAAACUGUGAACAAAAUAAUUUAAUGAAUGAUGGACAACUUUUUACGGUUAUACAUGAAUCUAGUCAAGUUAGUCUUCAAGAAUCAUCAAUUGAUAGCAAUAACGUAAUACGGAGCACUUCUAAAGACUUCAGUGAACACAGCCUAAUUGAUCUAACUAUCUCUACUGAUGAUACAAAUUUAGAUAUAUCUGCACAGCCCAGAGAGAUUAUAACAGAGCUCACAAAUAUUCAUUCUACAAAUCCUAUAAACAACAAAGUUCAUCAAUUAGAACUUAUGAUAGAAAAUUCAGAUCCUAUGCUUGCAAUGAUUGACAAAUAUCGUUCUAUUCACAAGAUUUUAUCAAUAACUGUUGAUAAAGAUAAAUGUUCCGAAAACCUCCGAAAAGAAAUAUUCACUUUGCCAUUGAAUUAUUUACCGAAGAAAACAAUAAAAAUUGAAAAAACAGAAAUAAAAGCAAACUCUAUUUGCAAGAAGAAGAAGAAGAAAAUAAAGAAGAAUGAAGAAGACGAUGAAAAAAAUGGCAUUUUAACACUAUCCCAUGAGAGCAGACAAUCGAAGAGAUCUCUGGACGAGUUUAAUGUCUCGUCUCAACCUGACACUAUAUAA